AUGUUGGCUCAUCGGUUCCGAUGUAAGUGGAGGAUGAUAACACUAGGGGCGCCACUGAGCCUGUACGUCAUUGGUCAGCCUACUGCUCUCGUAGUGGAUAUGGGGUACAGCUCCAGCCGGAUCGUGCCAGUUUUUGCGUGCAUGCCUGUCAUGGAAGCUGCUGUCGAAUCUGAGGCGAGUGCUAUGGUACGGGCAGAACCAAUUGGCGAGGACCGGCCGGAGGAUGGUCUCCGAGAGUUGGUUGUCACAGCAAUGGAGGAAGCCAUCGUGAAAUGCCCUAUUGACGUUCGUCGGCCGGUAGCAUCGAAGGUCUACUUCGUGGGAGGCAGAUCUGGAGAUCCCUCACUGAAAGCUGAUAUCCUCGAGGAGUUCGCGUCACGGAUCUCUCCCAAGUGGAACACUCAUGGGGAGAACAGAAGCUUAGCUGUGUACAUUAGGUUGCCCAACUUCUCAUCGGAAAGCAUCACAGUGUUCCAGCCAGGCAGUUGUCUGGAGCCCACUGAUUUGAUCUGGAUUGGAGCCUCGAUAUACGGAGGUGAGCGCAGGGAAGGCAUGGCGUUAGCAGAGGGUCUCAGUAGGGAUGCCGAUACCCCACCCGGCGACGAGUAA